AUGAAUAUGAUGCCACCAUUUUUACCGAUUGUUGAUUAUCCUCAAUUUACUAAUUUACCAUCGGAUGAGAUGAUUAGUCAACCAGCUGAAAGUUUAACCCAAAGAGAGACUAAAAUUAGUGAUACUUGUAAAGAGCUUGAUGGUGAAGAUGAAGAUGAGGAAAGUGAAAUUGAAUAUGAUGGUAAUUAUAUUGUCAAUGAUGAAGAUAAUUGUUGGUCUGCUGUUAAUGGAAGAAGCUUCAAACGUCAAAGGAGAAAAUUAAAGGUCGGAAUUUUAGGAGAAAUUAAAAAGAAGCCCAAAAAGCCUGAUAAUUAUCAAGGAAUAUCAAGUUCAAUGUGUAUUGAUGGUGGUUUCGGUUUAAUGACACCAAAAGUUUCCAAAGGUUCAUCAAAAGUUGAAUAUGAGCCUGUUGUUGAUAAUAAUACUUGGAUUAAUUGUCUAAUUACUGAUGAAACAAUCAGAGCUAAUCGUUUAUCCACCAAUGAGAUGAUCAAUACUGUACCUGCUUAUACAAAUUACUCACCUGGAUUACCAAGUUGUAGAUUGUAUUUGAAAAAUUUAUCCAAAAAAGUGACAGAUUAUCAACUUAAAUGUAUCUAUGGACGUUAUGUUAAUCUGGACAAUGAAAGUGAAUGUAACAUGUUUCAUGUUCAAUUAUUCAAAACUGGUCGAUUCAGGAAUCAAGCCUUCAUUAGUUUACCUAAUCAAGAAUCAGCAUCUUUAGCCCUGAACGAGACAAAUGGUUAUUUAAUUGAAGGAAAACCAUUAAUUGUUUCUUUUUCCCGAUCAACCAAAUCAACUGAUUCCAAUUGA